UACGGCGCUGUUUUAACCCAACGAAAUUUUUCAGGAAGGUCGAAAAAUGACUUUAGAACAUCUUCGAUAUUAUCAAUUGGUCCUGCAGCAAGGCGAAAAUAACUGCUUUUAUCGUAUGGUAUAGGUAUACGCCUUAUUCAGCCCGCCGACAUUUUGAUUCGAAAACGAGGCUGUGAGGGAUUAGCAGUCAGCAGCGUUCACUAUGGCGUAUUGUUGUGUACCGGGAUGCCGGUCGUUUAGCCGUCAAAAUAAAGACAAUACGUCAUUUCACAAAUUUCCACAGGACAGAGAACUUCAGAAAAAGUGGAUUGUUAAAAUUCGACGGGACAUUGGACCUAACUUUCAGAUUACAAAGAACACACGAGUGUGCUCGAAACAUUUCUCUCCGGAAUGUUUUUCAAGAACACUGACUGGAAUCAGGAAGCUAAAGGGAGGUUCAGUUCCCUCCGUGUUUACAUGGACUCAACAGCCAAACGAAAGGAAAACCUUACGAUCACAAGAAAAAUGGCAUUUAGAGGAAGAACAUGAGGAAGAUGAAAGUUCUACAAAGGAUGGACCAAGCAACGAAGAAUGGUUAGUAGAAAUCUAUCAUACAAAAUGUGUACCAUAUUUUCUGCACUAUAAGGCGCACUUAAAAGCUUUUAAUUUUCUAAAAAAAAUGACAGUAAGCCUAAUAAUCCGGAGCGCUUUAUAUAUGGAUCAAGGCGCUCAAGGCGUCUUUAUAUGACUGUUUUGUUGACAUUCCCUUUAUCACAGCUCUAUCUAGUGGAUGCAUAACACAAACCCAGUCAAACGUUUGACUGCAGUAUCUUCUAUUCUAUGCGCCUUAUAAUCCAGUGCGCCCUAUAUAUGAAAACAGUUCUAAUAGGCCAUUCAUUGAAGGUGUGCCUUAUGGUGCGCCUUAUAGUGCGGAAAAUACGGUAUAUAAAUGCAUCAAAUGAGAAAUAAACAUGAAUAUAGAAUAGGUGUAUAAAAUCUUACUUGCCUGCUCUCAUUCUCUCUCUCUCUCUGUAAGAGCCAUAUUGCAUAAUUCAUUAUUUAAAUUGAGUAUCACAACUAUUUGUGUUAUGUUGCAUGUU